CUGUAUACAUCUUAAGUGUGUUCUUGUGUCUAAGGCUGUGCAUGUAUGUGUGUCUGAGUUCCUGUUCAUGUCUCCAUUUUUGUGUUUAUAGAUGUCUCCACUGUGUGUCCCAGAUCCUGAGUGUGUCUGUCUUGUGUGUCUUGUGUGAGCCGAUUUUUUUUUUUUUUUUUUUUUUUGGCUUCCUUCUCCAACCUGCGCAGCCCCUCCUUCUCUCAGCCGCAGCCUUCUGCCCCUCCCCCUUCUGGCUGCCGCACUGGCUGCUGCGUCUAGUCAAUAUCUUAUCUUCGGAGCAGGAGCUAGGAGCCAUUCCCAGCCGGAGCAGACCCCAAGCUAGAGUGAGAAGCAUUACUCAGUUCAUUGUGCUCCUGCCUGCCUUUCUGCUAAGCAUUAGGGUCUGUUUUGGCCCAGCUUCUGAAGAGGUUGUGUGUGCUGUUGGAGGAACUGUACUGAGUGGCUUUGCAGGGUGACAGCAUGGAGUCCCUCUUUCCUGCCCCAUUCUGGGAGGUCUUGUAUGGCAGCCACUUUCAAGGGAACCUGUCUCUCCUAAAUGAGACCGUACCCCAUCACCUGCUCCUCAAUGCUAGCCACAGUGCCUUCCUGCCCCUUGGACUCAAGGUCACCAUCGUGGGGCUCUACUUGGCUGUGUGCAUCGGGGGGCUCCUGGGGAACUGCCUCGUCAUGUAUGUCAUCCUCAGGUAGGCGGGUCCCAUCAAUCUGUGAAGGGGGAACCUGAGGCAGGAGGCUGUUCUGGAUGAAUUCGAACAAGCAUGGAUUUUCUGCUUGCUCCAUCAAAUUUCUUCCCUCUCUGUUCAAGGGACAUGAUCACCCUUGAAGUUCAACUCCUGUUCUGCUCCCAUCUGUCUCAGACUAGGUGUCACCACCUGGAGGCUUGGUACUGCAGAUAAAUCCAUGCCGUGAUGUCUAUGUGAAUAACCAUGGGUACAAAGGAUCCUAAGAUUUCCCAAAGAGAGGAAGAGGGGCUGGUGCUGGGCCUGAAGCCCUUGUUCAUUGGCCUUUAGGAUCUAUGCUCAUGGUGGAUGUCUUUAGCUGAGCCCAUGCUCUAUUGGUGCUCAGAAAUGGGAAAAUUUGGAGGACUACAAAGAAAGACAGCAGUACUGGAUGACUGAGGUAGCGUCGACGGUGAGGGGAAGAGGGCAGUGUGAGGUACAGUUCUAUGGACAAGAAAGCUGGGCAAGGAGUAUGCAAUUGGUAAAUGUGUGGUGGCAAUGAUGGUCUCUGUUUUUUUCCAGCUGGGAGGGCAUUGAGGGGAACUGGAGACAGCAGGUGAGGACUUGAAUGCCAGAAUGGGGACGCCAAAUUCUUUGGACAUUGGGAAGACAUGGGAGGUCCUUGAGUGGUGGAUAACUAGAGCAAGGUUCUUCACUGAUAUUUCCUCUUUCAAAAAGAUGACUCUGAAGAGAGCAGUCAUGGUUCCCUUGAUGGUAUCAUGGUAGGUGUGGUAUUGGUAGAGGAGGAAGGGGCAGUACAGUGUCCAUACCCUGCCUCAUUAUGGUCCUCUUAGUAUUUCUGAGCAACUGUUUUCUCUGUUUGUUAGAUGGGAAAUGUGGAUUAUAUAGUCAUAUAUAGGUGCAUGUGCACAGACGUGUGUAUAUAUAUAUAUGCUAUGUGAUUGGAAAAGCAUUCCAAGUAUUGACUUUUGGCAGAGGACCCUUGUGGGAAACUAUUCUAUGAUCCAUGUGUCUCAUGGUUAAAAGGAUAUGUCUUUGGCAAGACGUGCAGCAACCAGGGACAGUUUGUGAGCCUUGCCUUUCCUUGUCAUCAGCAUUUCUCUCCUAUAUUGUCCUCUGCAUUUGGGAUAUUAAAAUUCUUGAGCCAUUUACUGCAGUAGAGUAGAGAAGGAACGCCAUCUUUUCCACCAGCAUCCCCAGAGAACUAGUCUCAGAAACUGCUGUGGCUGCACUGGCUCAGGAGACAACACACGGCAUGUUUGAGUUGGAUGUGUGCCAGGAGUCAGAAAAAUAUGCUCUGAGCCCCAUUUUGCACCUUAGCAGUUCUAAGCCUUAUGAAAGCUACUUAGUUCCUCUGAGUCUCAGCUUCCUUCUCCACAGCGUAGAGAUUAAAUGGCAUUUUUGCUUUGGGGUAAACCUCAAAUGAGAUAAAAUCUAUGUGAAGAGCUUGGCUCAGAUAUCUACCAUUAUCAUUAACAUUGUUAUUUAUUGUAAUUAAGGUCUCUGGGAUUAAUGUCUAAGAGACAGAACUUAAUCUCAGAUUCCCUGGUAGCAACUAAACAUCAUGGACUACUGUUAUCUCUAGUGCUACCACCACCAUACUGCCAUAACCACCAUAACCACUAUAACCACCACCAUUACCACCAUCACUUUCAUCAUCAUCACUAUAGUCACCCUUCCCUACCACUGUCAUAAACAUUAAUUCAUUCCACUAAUAUUUAUAACUUAUAAUGUUCCUAGCAUGGUUCCCAGUGCUUGGAUACAAUCAAACCUAACUAGCACAUCUCCUUUUUUCUUUAUUAGAAUAAAAAAUAUUGUGUUUAUUUUUGGGUAUGAGUGUUUCUGCUGGAUGUAUAGGUCAGAUGAGAAAGUUGGUUUUCUCCUUUUACUAUGUAAGUUUCUCCUUCUACCACAUGUGUCCUGGAAAUGGAACUCAGGUCAUCAGAAUUGGUAAUAAGUGCCCUUACCAGCUGAGCCAUUUGGCUGGACCACCAUUUUCUGUUUUCAUUGCUAGACAACAUUGUGCACUUGGAAGAUCUUUGAUGAACUUUACAGGCAGUGCCCUGAAAACCCUCUGAGAGGAGUCUUAAGAGAGACUGAGGAGAGAAGACAGCAUCUCUCUCUCUUGAUUCCUUCCACAAAUUCACAUUCAGGCACACCAAGAUGAAGACUGCUACCAACAUUUACAUAUUUAAUCUGGCACUGGCUGAUACCCUGGUCUUGCUGACACUGCCCUUCCAGGGCACAGACAUCCUUCUGGGCUUCUGGCCAUUUGGGAAUGCACUGUGCAAGACGGUCAUUGCUAUCGACUACUACAACAUGUUUACCAGCACUUUCACUUUGACUGCCAUGAGUGUAGACCGUUAUGUAGCUAUCUGCCACCCUAUCCGUGCCCUUGAUGUUCGGACAUCCAGUAAAGCCCAGGCCGUUAAUGUGGCCAUAUGGGCCCUGGCUUCGGUGGUUGGUGUUCCUGUUGCCAUCAUGGGCUCAGCACAAGUGGAGGAUGAAGAGAUCGAGUGCCUGGUGGAGAUCCCCGCCCCUCAGGACUAUUGGGGCCCUGUAUUUGCCAUCUGCAUCUUCCUUUUUUCCUUCAUCAUCCCGGUUCUGAUCAUCUCUGUCUGCUACAGCCUCAUGAUUCGACGACUUCGUGGUGUCCGGCUGCUUUCAGGCUCCCGAGAGAAGGACCGGAACCUGCGACGCAUCACACGGCUGGUACUGGUAGUUGUGGCUGUGUUUGUGGGCUGCUGGACACCUGUGCAGGUCUUUGUCCUGGUUCAAGGACUGGGUGUUCAGCCAGGUAGUGAGACUGCAGUAGCCAUUCUGCGCUUCUGCACAGCCCUGGGCUAUGUCAACAGUUGUCUCAAUCCCAUUCUCUAUGCUUUCUUGGAUGAGAACUUCAAGGCCUGCUUUAGAAAGUUCUGCUGUGCUUCUGCCCUGCACCGGGAGAUGCAGGUUUCUGAUCGUGUGCGCAGCAUUGCCAAGGAUGUAGGCCUUGGUUGCAAGACCUCUGAGACAGUACCACGGCCGGCAUGACUAGGCGUGGACCUGCCCAUGGUGCCUGUCAGUCCACAGAGCCCAUCUACACCCAACACGGAGCUCACACAGGUCACUGCUCUCUAGGUUGACCCUGAACUGAGCGUCUGGGGCCUUGAAUGGCUUUUCUUUUGGUUCAGGAUGCUCAGUCCUAGAGGAAGACCUUUUAGCACCAUGGGACAGGUCAAAGCAUCAAGGUGGCCUCCAUGGCCUCUGUCAGAUUAAGUUUCCUCCCUGGUAUAGGACCAGAGAGAACCAAAGGAACUGCAUGGAAACAUCCACAACUCAGUGGACAUGCCUGGUGAACCCAUGUAGGUAUUCAUGGUUCACUUGACUCUUCUCUGGUUUCUCCCUGCUGCCCUGGUUCUAGGUGGGCUCAGCCUGAGGUAUUGUAGUUGUCAUGUAGUCACUAUUGUGACUACCUGUUGUGUGCUAUUGCCCUCAGCCUUUCAGUGUUUGCACAGAACUGGUGAUCAUACCCAGUGUUGCCUGGCCCUUAAGCUUGGAGUUGCCUUGGAGCAUCUAGUUCUGACUCCACUGAUGCAUUCAGAUUACCUGAGGUGGGUGAGCAUCAGUGGGUUCUUGGAUGACUGUUUCCUGACGAUUCUUUUCAUGCUGUACUAUGGAGUAUAUGAAGGGGACUUCACACUUCAUCUGGUACUGCCACUGCCUGCUCUACCAACCUGGACCACCUUCUCAGCAAGAGGCUAGCAGGGGGACAAGACACAAAGCUUCCCUAAGGCUCUUUCCCUCCAAAACCACUGUGAACUCUUAUUCUACAGACUGUUUGGCAAGCCCUGCUUCUAACUGUGUGGGAAGUAAUCAGGAGAAAAUUCUGUGGCCUCUGUAGGCUGCUCACAGCAUGGAGGCACCACAUGCUGGUCUUGGGUAUGUGUCUUGGCUGCUCAGUAUGGGCAGGGCAGGGCACGAGACUAUGCUCUCUCCUUAUUCUCCACAGCCUCCCUCAGCUCUCCAGCAGUCGCUCUUUUACUUGACAGUAGAGGUCAGCAGUUGUACUGCUAGAAACACACUUGUAGCCCGGGAAGACUGGAGUCAGGAUGUGUUCUAUUCUAUACCCACAGUGACCACCUGCUUCAUUUAUAGGGUUAGGACAUAUCCAAGCAAGGCCUGGGCUUGGCAUCAAAUGAAGAGCUGGUAUGAGAGCUGAAGCCUAAAAUGGCUCAUUUGAGCCAAUCUGCAAGGACUAUUACGGUUUUGGGGACAUUGGAAGAAGAGUCGAUACCUUGGAGAUAUAUUGUUGGUUCACAGAAGAAGAGGCUUUGUAAAUGCCCUUUCUAUGGGUCAGAUAAAAAAAUACCAGCAACCUUGGAUAGAAUCUGAUCUUACACAGAGACCUUGGUUAGGUGGUUUCAUGCCAUGCAGAACCCAGGCUGGUUCCUGUCUCAGAGAGACCUGGCCUUAACAAUCUUUCUGGGGAGACCAGGGUUCUUUCAAUGACACUUGUGCAGGAGCCAUUAGCUCUAGUGUUUUCUUGCUAAUGCUAGAAACUUUGUGAAUUUGUAUAUCUUUAUGUAUUUAAGCAUGCAACAAAUGUCAUUUUCGUGCAUGUAGCUAGCCCUGAACCUGCCUCUGGGGUAAUGAAGGAGUUCUCAUAAUAAACACUUACCAGUGACCAGUA